ACAGAAGUGAUCUUGCACAGAGAUUCUGAGUUAGUAACGCCUACAGAGAGUGGCUAAAAUAGAAAACAGAAAUAAUUAGUUUCAAAUUAAUUUCAAAUAGAGUUAAUGUAGUACGAUACAAGUUGUCAGCAAGCAUUCAGUUGACACUUGUAGCCAUCAGAGCAGUCUGUUCACUCAUACACAUGGGGAUCAUCACACUGGUGGCAUCACUCUGAUUCCAGGCUCAGUACAAGGGUUAGGAAUAUCAGACCAAGCUUCAAAAGUCUCUGCUCAGCCCUGAAAACAUAUGAUAGGUUCUGAAUUCAGUCAGCCCCUUGCUUUAGUUGUAACUUGCUACAUUUAACUAUUUCUUUUUGGACGCAGGAUAACUAGUUUUCAAGUUUACCACUUAGAAUUUGAUACUCUACUGUGUGUGCAAAAUAAUUAAUCUUAAGAGCUUUUAUGUUUUAGAGUCCUUACGAAUUCCAGCACGUUGCUGGAAUUAUUAGCACUGUCUAAAAUAAGCUUCCUUUUCAAGUAAGUUCACCUCAGCUUAAAGUGACAGGCAGAUUCACAGUGGAAUAGAAAAUAACUGGCUCCAUAUAUGCAAUAAAACUGAAGAGAUGUUUUAUAAAAAACGCCCGUAUCAAUUAUUUGUAUACAUUCCUGCCAGGGUUCUGUUGUAAGACGUGCAAUGUUUUGACUCUGAUGGUUUGUUGGCAGUAGCAGGCAGUAACUCUCCUGUGUGAGAAUCCAUCGCUUUAGCAACAUGUCUCCCAGCAGAGCUGACAGCAGUUGCUGCACGCAGUCCCCUCUAUCCGUAUACAGUGUGGGUCUUUGUAAAGCAGUGCACAAUGCCAAGUAGUUUUAUAGUCACUGAUUUUAAGCAUUUACAUUAGCAUGACCAGGACCAAUGAUGGAAACAAGUAGGCUCUUAGGCAACAGUACUAGGCCCUGCUAAUCACAUAACUAAAAGACAGGCAAGAAAGAUAGGAAGGAUAAGACAGACACAUUUUUCUGCCAUCAGUGUUGGAGGUCUAUUAAAAUAGAAUCCAGAAAAGAACCAAAAAUACCCAAACAACAGGCAAAACUUCCUGAGAUCAAUAGAGCUGUGUAGAAUUAAAAUCCAUUUACAUCUCCAGCAUUGGCCUAUUAACCAAAUUACUAAAAGAAAGAGCUUCUGCUAGAAUGGAUGUUGGAUAAACAAUCAUAAAUAUUACAGUUUCACCCCUGUCCAAUCCACACCAGCAGGCUGGGGCUAUUUGGAUUUGGUGCAUGCUUACUAAGUUAUGAACAGAUUAAACACCACAUCUUCCAAAAGAGCUCCUAAUGGAAUUUUACAGGUCAGAUAUGCCUAUGUUGUAAAAUUAUUGGGCACGAAUCUUGCCCGCUGUAGACUGGGCUUUACUCAGUGUAACAGCAGCAGAAGCUGUAGCCAUUCCAGUGCAUGCAGGUAAGGAACAGCUCUCCUCCUCGCUGGUCACCCUGGCUGACCGUUCUGUUUGAGGACUUUUACCAAAGUUAACCCACAAACAGUUUAAAUUCUCUAGAUGAUCUUUUCAUUUCUCUUGACUGCAUCCGAUCCUUCUUUCACUACAGCUUUUCACAGGUUUUGGACAGGCAUGCUGAGUAAGCCCCAAACACUUCUAACGUCCUUGCAGCUUUUGCCUGCUGGUUACCACCCUGCUGCAGGCACCACUGGGAGCUGCUGGGAUAAUGCCCUCCCUGAUGGGUUUAGCUUUUCAUGAACAGAAAGUAGCUUCUCUCCUCCAUUGCUUCCUUUUCCAACACAUUUUGAGAUAUCUUUACUUUAAAGUUACAGGCAAAUUAUCUUUAGGGAGACAAAAAUUUCUACCUUUGUGCCAGCCUAUUUCACUGAGUGCUGCCACUGAAAGCAGUGUACCAAAUGCCUGUACUCAGAGGCAGCUGCUUCUGUUUAUGGGCUUCUGUGUGAAUAAAGGAUAAGAGCAGAUUGAAACGCUACUUCAUUUUCUUUUGCUUCAUCUCUUCCUGUUUUGUGAAGGUUGUUUCUGUGACACCGAUGUAAGAAAAACACUUCCUACUUCUAAUCUGUUUCAAGUCUUUGUCCUUGUUUCUCUCUGCUUGUCUGAAGUACUGACAGACGUGAGACUUCUUUUGCUGAAAUGUGAGCCUCGAUAACAGAUACACGAGUACCUGACAGAUAACCUUUGAAAUGGAGGCACAGAAGCAUCCUGGUCUGACAGCUGCACUAGCAGACCAGCCACUUCCAACCUCUUCUCUUCAGCCUGCACAGGGUCCUUCAGCUCUCAGCCAAAGCAGUGUGGUUCCUCCACAGGAACAAGCACUGCCUCAACCUGUGUAUCUAAAAACCCUCACCAUUCCCCUGUACCAGCCUGUCCAGCCAGGAUGCUUUCAGCCAAGCAGUCAGCUAGUGGCUGGCAGGAGCUGUGGAAACCUGGAUAGCAGUAAUAUACCUCUGAUCCUGAACCCACUUGUUCCUUCCGAAGGCACAGAUCAGCCCCAGUCAGUGUUUCAGAAACAACUUGGGCAAACUCUCACACUGAACAUAGUGAGCACUUUACCUGUUUUAUCAUCACCGAAUUCUUCUGUCGGCGCACCUAUCGGAAGCCCAGGAAAAUCAAAAAAUGCUGGGAAAUAUAUCUGUAAGCACUGUGGUCGAGACUGUUUGAAGCCAAGUGUCCUUGAGAAACAUAUUCGCUCUCACACAGGAGAGAGACCCUUCCCAUGCACCACUUGUGGUAUUGCAUUUAAAACUCAAAGUAAUUUGUACAAACACAGAAGAACUCAAACACACGUCAACAACACCAAACUACCCUCAGACGCUGACAACACCAGUACACUGGAGCAAAAUGAGAAAGCAACAGAGAGCAUCACGUCACAGCAAGGCACCAAAGGACAUGGUAGCAGCUAUGAAGACCGGGGGAUGCAGGUGAAACAGGUGACUUUGGAGACCAGUGCUGUAACAGACAGUAAGAAACUUAAUGACCUUUCAGUGCCAGCAACAAGCAAUUCGUCAAUAUUUUCAGAAAAUCAAGAAAGAACUCAUCAGUCUUUCAGUUCAAAGACUGGUCAGGAAGUUUCUGAAAAAGAACCUCCAAGUUUAUCAUUUCCAGUUGCCUUGCCAAAUGGUCAGUGCCAGAUAAAGAAGAUGCAGGAGCAAAGAACUCCAGCUGCCAACAAGCACAUUCAGUUGCAAAGGCAGCAAGCAACAUCUUCAGAAAAACAGUGGGAUUACAAGCCAUUUGACUGCAAGCUGAAGAAGUGUGAGAGCACCGACUCAGGGUAUCUGUCACGCUCUGAUAGCACAGAACAACAGUUGGCAUCCUCCAGCCCACUGCACAGCCUCUGUGAGCACAGCACUGAACUGGAAAAUGAAACUGCCGUCAGCAGCUCAAGGUGCGCGGCCGGAAGCAGUGCAAAGUCAGAGCCAGCUGAGAAAGCUACAGCCUUGAUGCUAGAGAAAAAGAGGCUGGAGGAACACAUUUCAAAACUUAUUUCUCAUAACAAAAUUGUGGUGGAUGACACUCAAUUAGACAAUGUGAGGCCCAGAAAAACUGUCCUUUCUAAACAGGGAAGCAUAGAUCUGCCAAUGCCUUAUACAUACAAAGACUCUUUCCAUUUUGACAUCAGGACUUCUGACACCAACAGGAAAAAGAACUUCUCUCUUUGUUCGGCAAAAUCCACCUUAGCACCCCUAGAGAAAUGCAAGCCCAUGUUUUUUCAUUCCGUCCCCACACAGUUCUCCACAACGAUAGAUGCUGUGCCUGUCACACGAAGCAACUCCCUGCCAUUUGUGGAAGGCACGAGAGCGGUGCAUGACAACGCAGGCUGCUCAAAACCGCUGUCUCUUACUAAGCAGUCUGUAAAUACAGGCGCUGCUGCUUUGCUGCCUAGCAACAACCUCAUUGCAAAUUCGGUGGAUUUUCCCAGCAGCCAUCCUCGAGCUCUAGUCAGACAGACAGCAGUGGAUGACGUGCCACUAAGUAACGUGGCUGAUCUUCCUCCCUCGGAGGAGCUGCAGAUGAGUGCGAGGCUUGGGACCGGAGAAACAGUCAGCACUAAAAACAAGAAACACAACCAAAGGAAGCUAAAGAUGUUCUCGGAAGAAAAAUGGCAAAUGUAUGGAGAUGAAACCUUUAAGAAAAUCUACCAAAAAAUGAAAAGCAGUCAACAUGCCAGGAAAAUCAAAGAAAGGGGGAAUAAGAUUGCAGAUAUUACAGGCUCCACUCCUGAUUCAAAGGAAUCAGUCAGCAGUAAUGACACUGCUGAAGAAAAAGAUGUCAGGAGCUCUGCAAGUGACAGCCUUUCCUCCCUUGUGACAACAGAAUUAAACACUGUUAAAUCAGAAACUGGUGCUAAUGGUAACCAUAUUCCACACAGCACGUCCUUAGAGGAAACCACAGACAGUUUAACCUAUGUAAUGGAGACAUCACAUUCAGUAAAUGCGAGUGCACAUACUGCAGUGAGCAAAGCUUCCCAAGAUCCCCAUGGCAGCGACACAGACAAACACACGGGUGGCAACAACACGUUACCAGCUCCAAGCAGUCGAGAGUGCAGGCUGCAAAAUACUCCGUGUCAACCCGACACUAACAGAAUGAAGGAUGACUGCUUGCCCGUACUGAGUAGCAAAUGGGAAGAAUCAAGUCCUGGGAAAGAAUCCAGUACGUUUGAAUCAGAUUAUAAAAGCACUUCAAACAAUUAUGGAAACCAUAACAGGAAUCAGGAAACUGUCCGGCAUGCCUUGAUGCCCCUGUGGCUCCACUGCAGCAACAGAGAAUCCUUAGGGAAAUCCCAGAAUUUACCAUCAGAAAGAAAAAAGCUGAAAGUUGAAGAGGAGAAGAAAGAAAACAUUAUUUCAAAGUGCUACCCUAGGCCCUGUAGUGAAAGCAGUGCAGUAAAUGAAGCAGAGACUGCCUGCUGCACUAUCGCUCCGUGUCUUUCCACAGCACCAGUGAAACUCUCCAGUAAAACAGAGGAGCAAAACCCAAGCACAAGAAUAAACGAAUCAGCUGGAGGUGCUGAGAAUGUGGAUUGUGUAAAAACAAGCAGACUCCCCACUGGAGUCGUUCAUUAUGGUGACAUUAACCCUCUUUCACAUUCAGCAGAGAUCUCAAAAGCUUCAUCUGUGGGAUUUUUGAGGUCUGACUUCAGGGGAAGUGAUUGCGAUACUUUUGCUUUGCACAACACAACAGAUAAAGAUGUCAAAACAUGUCUUGUGAAAACAGGAGUACCACUUUUCAGUGACAGCACUGCUAACGCAUCUUCCAAAAUCCAUCAUCUGCAAUCUGGUCAGUUAACUCCAGACCCAUCGAAAAAUGCCUUUUCUCCAAAAUAUAUCCUUAAAUUGCCACAAGACCAGAGAAAAUCUGAUCUGUCGAUCCUGCUUCAAUCCGAACAGAUCACACCUCGUACUUCUGUGACAGAUUCCUUAACCAACCCACCCUGCUCUUCCAUCAGCAGAUCACCCUGUUCUCAUUCCAGUGAUGUGCUUUGGUCCCCUUUAAAAUUUGAAGUGAGACAAAAAGGCAGCAAAGGAGAGCUACGAUGGAACUUACAUGCAAACUGGAAAACUCCAGUAUUGUGCUCACCAGCCAGCUCAGAAACAACAAAUAUCUUAACAACAGUAGAUGGCACCUUUUAUAAGGAGGAAAUUAUGAGAGGGGCUUGGAAAAGCAAACAGAAUAAAAAUAAACUCAAUUAUCAAAAACAAACAGAAGGGAAGUGGGUGAGCAUAACUACUUCAUCAGCACAAACCCCAAAGAAGAAGAUAUGCUUUACUUCUAUGUAUUCGAGUGGCUUUGUCAUAUCAGCCGACAUCGCAGAAGAAAAAGUUUUACAUCAGCUUUGCUCAGGAGGUGACUCUUUGAUGACAGCAUCAGGCCAAAGGGAAGCUUCUAGCAAGGAUGCAGAGUCAACAGUCAUGGGGUGGGACACAGGUGGAAGCCCAGGCAUUCUUAAGGACAUGUCACCAACAUCAGAGGAUAUGGAGCAGACUCGGAGAUCAAAAGAUAGCUCCACUUAUUUGUGCCAUUCCUUCGGCUCUUUUUAUUGCCACGCUCUUACCACUCACUGCGAGGAAUUCCCAGCGCUGUGCAGCAAUAGCCUGACUUCCUACUCUGAAAGUUUUACAGUACUGAGCACCAAGAGCACCUUCCCAUCACUAAAUGCUGAAACUCGGUUAACCUGGUGCUGUUUAACAAAAAGCCUUCCUCUGCCUGCUGAGCAGAAAGGGAAUGCAGACUCUGCUUAUUCCUCCAUGCACAUCCACAAGGAAUCCAGCAAUGAGUGCGCACUGUCAAAAUGUGAUAUCUCUAUUUUCAAAAUGAAAAACAUUAGCAAGGCUGUGGCCUCCAGCUUAACAAACAAGAGCUUAAACACACUGCCUUCAUCCUUUUCUCAAGGACAACAGAUGCAGGAGUUAUGCUCAGCAGCUCCUGCUGGUGCUUUCAAAACCAUAUCAGAGAAAAAGAAGAAACCAUCGGUUUGCAAAAAGGAAAAACCAGCAGCAAAUAAACUCAAGAGGAGCCACAAACAGAAAAAAAUUAAAAUCCCCCCCAAAUGGUACAGAGGAAGGCACAUACAUGGAUACACUCAGCUGAAAAUGAGCCGACUGAACAAGAGACGCUGUUUUCCAAAUAGAACACUGGAUGUUUUGAAAAAGGGCUGCUCAUCACAAGCCUGUACGUUUAACCACUGUAAGAAGUGCCAUUCUCCUCAGUCAAAGGUUCAAGAAAAUUAUCUACACCAGCAAAAGGACUCAUCCUGCUCUGCCUCAGACAAGCUGCUUUGCAUAAGGAAGAAAGAAGGAAAAAAUAACUCAGGAAUAUUUUCCCACAUUGAAAACCUUACCCACGUUAAGCAAAAUGACACGGAGGAUAAACAAGACAUUUCUGGGAAAAUCAGGGAACACGCAAGAACAAAUUUCUCUUUUCAGACCAUUGCACCUCUGGAAGUACCUCUGGCAGCUCAUUCCCUUCCGUCCUCAGUCACUACAGCCAUGCAGGAAGUCAGCAGUGAUGUGGAACCUCGCUGUUCAGUGACACAACCACUUGUGCUUCAACAAUCACUUCCAGAGGAGUCACAGACAAAUGUUCAGACAGACUCAGUGGCAUCUUCUUUUUGGUCUUGUCCUUUUGGUCUUACAAAUACAAUCAAAGGUGGCCAAUCUGUCAGCACAAACUCAGAGACUUCUUGUCCUCUUUCCUUAAGUCUAGAUGUAAGACAGGAAAAUGUACCAAGUGUAGAGCUAGAGAUUCAGAGCUUUGGUACGUUAGAUUCAAUGAUUCGGGCCUCAGGAAGAGCAGAAGAUCAAACUGAAGAAAAUACAUGCUCAUCUUCCAAGGAAAACUCAACUCACAAUUCCCAAGCUACAUGUUUGCAUUCACUGGGAUCAAAAGCAGAAUCUCAUCUUGAGUCAGUCUCUAUGGCUAAAUUAUCCCAUACAGAAUGCACAGAGCAGGAGAACUCUCAAAAAAUCCUUCACCUUCGUGGAGCUGCAGCCAAGAAUGGAGCCCACCAGCAGACAGAGACCUAUGGGAGGCAGCACGAAACAGCUUCUUCUACAUUUAAAGAGCCUUCAGUAACACUCAGGUCCCCUGAAUUCAGUAAUUUCUCAGCAACAGCUUCCAAGACAUACAAAAAGAGAGGUUUAGAAAUGAUGAGGAAGCAAAUCAGAGUUGAAUACGAUGACACUAGUAGCGAUGAUGAAGAUAGGCUUGUUAUAGAAAUAUAAAUAGGCUGCUAGUAGCGUGCUUGCAUGAUGGCCCAUUACAUAGGAAAUACCAGGUAUGUUUGUAUUUCUGAAGCACUUUAGGAUCAGGAAAGCCAUUCCUCUGUGCAGCAUUCCCUUCUCAAGAGAGUUCUUUAUUCAAAGGACUCAAAACUUUAAAAAUAAAACUUAUUUGAAACAAAAGGGGAAGCUUGCAUCAUAUACUUCAAUGGAAAUAUUAAGCUUGCAUUUAUGAGGGGUUUCUAGCAUUGUUAACCUUAUUACCAGUCUCACCUAGUGCCCAGAAGCGCUAGCUGCCAGUGGUUGUAUUAUUAAAAGCCUGCAGUGUGUUUAUGUAAAUACACCCACCAACAGGAGCAGCAGCUAAGAUUUCCUGGAAGGAUAUGGAUGUACUCCUAUGUACUCUUUUUUUGUGGUCACUGCUAGUUGUUCUGGGAGUGACAAACUGGCAUUAAGGGGAAGAUGGAUUCCCUAAGUGUAUGUGAUCCUGAAAGAGCCUGCAAAAAUGCUGAUCUUUCUCCAUGUUGCACAAAUGUCAAUGCUUUGCUGUGACAAACGACACAAGCAUGCUUUGGUUUGUGUUCUGUGCCUUUUAUGCCAAUAUCUACCCAAAUAUUCUCCAUUUCUAGUUGGAAAACAUGGAUGUUCGCUAUUGGUACCUCCUUGUGGUAAAACAUCUGACAGGCUCUUAGAUGUAACUGCAGUGAUGCUAUUUUAUUGACAGUGAAGAAACUAUUAAAAAAAAGCUGUUCCCUAAAUUGUGCUACCAACCCCCAGAUUUACUGGUUUCUUUGUGAAUAAAUAAUUAGUCCAAAUUUGACCAGGUGUAUUCACUUGAUUAAACCAAUCAGCAUCCCUCACUUCUACACUAUAGUCAAAUUCUUUACUUAAACAUUUACCAGUUUUAAUACUGUGAAUCACAUAUAGUGUUUUAUAGAGAAACCUACAUGGAAUACUUGGAAUUGCCUUUGCUUCCGUUAUGCACAAUUAAGCUUACAAAGAUCCUGCUUACAAAUAGAUCUAGUAUACUAUAGGGAAAAAAAAUAAAUGCAUAUGUGAAAAAGGAUGCCAAACAUCGCAUGGCAUCAGCUAACAGAAACAAAACCGAGAGUUGAGUCCCAUGUAUUCCUGUAUUGUUGUGUUUUAUAAAUGGGAAGUUGUAUGGGAACUACUGAGCCUGAACCUCUGAUUGAUCACCUGAGGUGAGCCAUGAGCCAGCCAGAGGAGCACAGGUGAAGGCAAUUCUCCUGUGCUGCAGGAAGGGGGGGAGCCUGGCUGCACCCCUCCUAGGCCUAUUUAAGAGCUGGCUGCCAGUGGGGAAGGAUCUCUUCUGGAGAUCGCCUCUAUUGGUGCUUCGUGGUGAGCCCAGCAUAAGGGUAAGCCUUCCAUUUUAUUCUCUUUUGUUAUCAUAGUCCACUUUGCCCAACUCUCUUGAUUAUAUUGUGAUUGUAACAUCUUGAUAUCCAUUGAUUGUACAGAAGUUCUUGAAAAUAUCCAUACAGAACUUAACAGUUAGACACAAUUUAUGUUCACAAAUGUACACCGUUACAGAAAAUAAAAAUAGUGACAAAACAUUGCUACUUCUAAUGUUAAAAAGUUAGGAAAAAAUCUACUCUUUCAGAACUGAGGAUGAGCCACAAAAGUUUUCUCCCCUUUUGAAAAUGUCACAACUCAGAAUUAACACAGAAUUUUCAAUAGCAUUACAUAAAUAAUUGGUGACAAAACUGCAAGGAAAGGAAUCUAGGAACAUUAGUUCAAGGAAUUGUGCAUUUCCUCCUUUAGUUCUCAUUUACUGAGUGCUGAAGUUAUAAAACCUCACAACUUGCAGCUCAGAAAUACAGUCAGUUCUCUUGCUAUGCUUUAUUGCAAAUUUCUGUAAACAUCAGUUGUAUUUCCACGUGCCACACAACAAGAAGACAAGAUGGCCUCAGAUCUUGCCUAACUUGGUAAGCUUUGGAUUCAGAGCUCUCCAAGCAUGGGUGUAUAUGUGAAGAAUGAAAGGCAUCAGCAGUGGUAUGGCCCUGUGAAUGCUGUGUUUUGUUGACAAGAGAAGCAGUACGAAAUUGCCAUUUAAUUUAGAGUGAUACAGCUGAAGAAGCCUGAUACAGCUCUAGAUUGUUUUUAUAUUGUUAGAAUUUUGUCUUUAUACUGCUGAGUUGUUUUAUCUUAAUAAAAAUAAAAGGUGAAGAUCAAAAUAUCACUAAUAUUGUGCUAGUUACUAGGGGUAAUUUAUAGAACCAACUGCAGAGAUGGGAGCUCAAGAAUGUCUCUAUUCUCAGGGUAUAAACUAAGCACUAUGCUAUCCAUAGAAUUUCACAAGCAAAUCUUUUCUUAACUACAAACAUGGACAUAAUGAAUGUGCUGCCAGUUCCUGUCUCCAAUCGAUAGUAGAAACUCGCAGUCAUUUACUAGAGAGCCUACACAAUUAUUGUUUUUUUCCAAAAAUACCAUUACUUCUCAAAUUCAAGCAUAUUGAAUUGUAAUCAUUUUUAGUCAUAAUUGUCUUAGAUUUCUCAGUCUACAUCAAAACUUAACAGGAGAACUCAUGGGUUACUUUGACACCUCUGAGAGAGAUAUUAGCAAGAAAGUUGUUGACAACAUCGUAAUUUGCCCAGUUUCACUAAGUUUGGCAUUACCAGGACUAGAAAGAUCAAAGAAAAACCUAAAUUGUUCUUGUUCUGCUCAGUAUUAUUGAUCCACAAACAGUGGGGAGUUUCUCAGUGAAUCUUUGGUGCAGAGAAUAUUGUGAAGUCAAAGAAAUACAAUAAUGUUAAUCUAAAUUGGAAGAAGAGAGGAAAAGAGAGGAAAGAAGGGAGAAGGAAGAGAUGUCAACAUAAAGACUGCAGAAAAUCUUGUGAGAAUGCACAAAACAGAAAAAGUUGCUCAAGUACCUCAUGCUUGAGUUGAGUUGCAUCAUUAAAUACCAUGGAACAGAAGUGAUUUAGAAGAAGAAAAUCCAAUCACUCUGACUGACUGAAGAAUGUGAUGGUUGGUGUCCAUAAAUUAGAAUAAUGAAGUAAGGAUGCAAUCCCUGUCGUUUUUAUUUCAGAGGUUGAAAUGGUCUUAAAGUAAUCCAGAAAGCUUUAUGUGACAACAGUAAAUAUUAAACAGGAAAAAAAAUGCAUGUUUACUGUCCAGAAAGGUGCUCACUGCAAACGCACGAUACCUGAACUUAGAGAAUACAAAAGGUGUUGUUCAGAUGGAGUAAGCUCGGUUCAAAUACAGAGGCCGAACUGAACUACUAGGCAUCCCAUAAAUAACAGAGGUGUGACUAACUGUCACUUAUCAUAGUUAACAGAUUCUGCUUGCAACUGACAGGUUGC